AUUAGUUUUCCCAGCCGCAGCGCCGCCUUCAAGGUUUAUUGAGGUUGAAGCAACACUCGAGUCUGAGCAGUAACUGAUUCUGAUUUCGAAACAAGAAUAUCAAGCGCGCGAAAGAUGACACUGCAAGACUUGACGACGAUUGUUGAGAAAAUAACAGAAACGGUUGAGCAGCUAGAGACAAGCUCAUCGACGGCGUCUGCUGAGCAAGUUGCGAUUGAGCUGGAAGAUGGUGGACUCGGUGAUUCCGAGGUUGAGAAGCAGGCUUUUGGGCUGUUUAGAGAUACUAUUCGACGAAAUAUGUUAAAUACGAACUUGGAGUACGCGAGAAAGCUGCUCACGCAAAUCGACAGCGGCGCGAUGACGAGCGAUACGUCUGACCCGUAUCUCAAGUCGAAAGCUAUCAUAUUUGCGGAACGCAAGCGGAUAAGAAAUGUGCAGGAUAAACUGCAGACGGUGGACGAGGACAUUUCACACAGAGCACAGAAAGUUACAAAGAACCUCGAAAUUCUCAAAAAGACAAAGAUUCGGGCCGCAAAGAAGCAACCUUCAGAGGAACAAAGCGAUCCUCUCGACGCAACCCCCGAUCCCGAGCAAGACUCGAUGCUGAGUGCACCCACGACUGAUUCUGAGAAGUGGCAGCAAUUUUCAAGCUUACCUUCAUCCAAGCAGACCACUCUCGAGGACCGACUGCAGUACCAUCGCGAACAGCAAGACGCUCUAACCGAGUCUCUGAUCCAGCAGACGUCGAUUCUAAAACGCAACGCGAUGGCACUGGGAGAGAAGUUGGAGAAGGACAAGGACGUGGUGAUGAAUGCGAUGCAUGCAUUGGAUCGGAAUGUGGAUAACAUGCGGCGGACGGGAGGACGAUUGUCGCAGUAUCGCGAGCUGAGUGCUAUUGGAUGGAAGUUUUAUAUCGUUAGUGUGGGGGUGAUGUUUUUUGCGGUACUGAUUGCUAUGAUUGUGAUCAAGGUGCUUCCAAAGUGGUAAGCUGUUGCGAGUAAUGGGUGGAGUUUGUAUAUUAUUUGCUAGUGGUACAUGUGUAAUGAUAAUUGAGGAUGAUGUUUAUU